AUGCCAGCUGAAACCGUCAACAACGAGUACGUGUACGUCUACACUCUCGACUCCACCGCCGCCAGCCUCAUCGCCAUCAGCUUUGCGCUCUUCAUCGUUCUGCCCAUCGCUACGUGGGCCUGGGGCGCGAAGCGCCGCACCCCGCCGCCCGCCCUCGUCUCCUUCCGCGACGUGCACUACUCGGUGACGCUGCCGGGCCGCGAGAGGCAGGAGCUGCACGUGCUCAAGGGCGUGAGCGGGGUGCUGCGGCCGGGGACGCUGACCGCCAUCAUGGGGCCGUCGGGCUGCGGCAAGUCGACCCUCCUCGACGUCCUCGCCGACACCAAGCGCGUCGGCGUCAUCGAGGGGGACACCUCGCCGGGCUGCUUGCCCGGCGGAAUGGUGACCUCGAUCCGGUCCCCGCUGGGCGGCCGGACAAAGAUGGUGUGCGCCGAGGAGGCGGUCUUCUCCGGCAUCGCAAAGGCGCCCGAGGUCGGCGGCGAGGCCGCCACCGCGGAGAUCGCGAACUUUCGUCUCGAGCUCGUUGAUCUUGAGCUGCUUCCAGUCGAGCUUUUGCUGCAGGUUCCGAUUCUCAAGCUGCAGAGCCUGCAGGUCGCUGGAGGCUGCCAUGCUGGUCGCUAA